UAAAAAACAAAACACUUGGCGGGGGUUGAUUUGAGGGGAUUUUUAAAUUUUAUUACCAGCCCUGACCCCUUUUAUUCUCCUCCUCCUCUUCAUCCUCUUCCUCUCCAUCAGCAGCGAGUUUGUGACAUAUAUAUUAUUUAUAAUCACAUUAAAACAAAAACAAGAAGAAAGAAAACAGAGAUAAUAACAAUAUUAAUAAUAAUAUUAGAGUUUUGCAAGUUGCCUCUUUAAGUGCAACUGUCAGAGAGGUGGAGUGGGCACGCGCAUGACCCCACACACAUCACUGUAAUACUGUACCCGGCCGCACACAUCAUAUCCGUAUUACAUUAAACAUAUCUAAAUACUCCCGAGGUAAGGAACCUUUUUUUUUGUUUCUUCACUUCCGUUUUCCUCUUCCUCUCUCACAGUUCCGUCGACAUUUCGCCACUUCAGAUAUCUGAGAGCUUCCCUUCGAGCUUCACCGGCGCAAGGAUCGGUUUAAAUUUUUUUUUUUAUACUCCUCCUUCGUAAUAAAGUCGCCAUUUUGCUUCACUGCCUAUAUAAACCACCCCGUAUUCUAAUAUUUGUUUCCCCUCAAAAGGAGUCCGGGGACCUACCUAUCGCUUUGGUUUUUGUUGUUCUUUCUCCUGGUUUUAUUUCUUCUAUUUCUGGAGUCGGGUUUUUUUUGGGGGGGGGAGGGGGGGGUGGAGGAGGAGGAGGAGGGGUGGAGGAGGUUUAACGAGAAGAGGGUUGAAGAAAGUGCCUCGUGGUGUAUCGCCUACAUAUUAAUGCAGGAGAGGAGGAGGCGGAGGAAGGUGGAGGUGGAGGAGGAGGAGGAGGAGAGGGGGGCGAAGGCGGCUGGAAACUGGGAAUAAAAAGGUGAAAGUAUCCGGAGGAUUUGAUAGUUCUUUUUUUUGAGGGUGUUUUUUUUUUUCUUCACGCGCAGACGGAAUCGGAAUCUCUCCUCUGCUGUCCGGAUUUGGGCUUUUUUUUCUCCUUCUUCUCUUCCGCCUCGUCGCCGUUGUCGUCCGCAGAGUUGGGGGGGACAGGACGGCUGUCUUCCUCUUCCUCUCCCCACCUCUUCCUCCUCCUCCUCCUCCUCCUCCUCCACCGAAGAGUCCAGUCACACCGGGUCCUUGGCGCACAGCAGGUGUGGUUGCCAUGUAACGUAACGUCGGUGGGGGAACCAACGCGCACCAACAAACCGCCCACUUCGGUGCCCCUUCCUUCCUCCCUCACGUGGGUGACCCCCCCCCCCCCCGUGGGUGCUGGGUGACUGCCGACAGCUCGUAGGCAUGGAGAGCCCAAAUGGCCCCAGGCUUGGGAAGCUGUCCUCGUCGGGGAUGCCAAGGGGCCGGACCCCGAAGCACGGGCAUCCCCAGGAGCCUGUCGUCAGAACCACGGCCGGCCCGGAGAACCACAGCAGACACGGUCCGGUGUGUGAUGAGCCAGCAGAGGGGAGGAGGAAAGGUCGCCCUAAAGCAGAAGUGCAGGAACUGAGAAGCGUCCCUCCCCCCGUAGCCGAGAAGCUGAGUCACGGCUGUCCCGACUGCGCCGCCAUGUUUUCCACGAAGGGCCGCCUGCAGAAGCACAAGCUGUGGAGCCACCCCCCCGACGGGGUCGCCAUGGAGCCCAGGGACGAGCGGGCCGCGCUCUUCAAGGCACCCGUCAGGUCCAACGCCAAGAAAAGGCCCAUGGAGAACAGCCCCCCCUCCCCCGUGUUCUUCAAAGUGAAAAAGACCCACGAGGUGUCGGCGCCAUCCCGCAACGGCGAGCUGGCCCACCAGAGGAGCGACAAGAAACCGCACGGCCACGGCCAGCCUCCUCUUCCUCCACCACCUCCUCCUCCUCCUCCGCAUAUCCACCCCCCCCCGCCGGUCCAGCCUCCGUCCUGCGGCACGUCGUCGGACGGCGAGGGCAGCGACAGCGACGGCGACGGCGACAGCGACGGCGACAGCGACGGCCUUCUGGCGUCCUUCCCCGACGAAGACCCGGAGCGGACGAGGCACAGACGGAAGCAGAAAACACCGAAGAAGUUCACCGGAGAGCAGCCCUCGAUAUCCGGAACGUUCGGACUGAAAGGGAUGACCAAGGUGGAGGAGAAGCUGAAGGCGGGCCGUGCGAAGAGGUCAGAGGGCAGUGGGUUCAGCGAGGAGCCCCAGAGAAGACCGACUCCAAGUCAGUCCUCCAAGAAAGAUCCGGCUGCAACCGGCUCUGGUGCCGACGCCCAAUGGCAGCGGGCGAUCCACGAGCGAGGGGAGGUGGUGUGUCCCACCUGCUCCAUCGUCACCAGGAAAACCAUCCACGGCCUCAAGAAACACAUGGAGAUCUGCCAAAAGCUCCAGGAUGCCCUGAAGUGCCAGCAGUGCCACAAACAGUUCAGGUCCAAGGCCGGCCUCAACUACCACGCCAUGGCGGAGCACAGCACCAAGCCCUCGGGAAGCGAACGCCAGACGGGCGACAAGCAAGAGGAGAGAGAACGGCUGCGGCGAGUGCUCAAACAGAUGGGACGAAUCAAGUGUCCGAGCGAGGGCUGCUCGGUCCACUUCUCCAGCCUGAUGGGGUACCAGUACCACCAGAAGCGCUGCGGCAGAGGGCCCGGUGCCGAGGAGAAGCCUGUGUUCCUGUGUCCGCGCUGCGGGAAGACGUACCAGUCCAAGGCCGGCCGAGACUACCACACGCGGGCCGAGCACUGCCCGGCCGGCGCCGCCGCCACCAACAACAACAACAGCAGGGACGUUGUCACCGACACCAACAACAACAAAGAGAGGGUGGUCUCUGGGGAGUCUCCGUUGCUCGGGAGGAAGGAGCCGAGCCCGGCCGAGAAGGACUGGCGGGAGAAAGCCCCGCUCGGCCCGCCGAGGGACAAGGACAGAGGAGGAGGAGGAGGCGUGGACAAGGAGAGAGGAGGCGGGGACAAGGAGAGGGAGCGAGUCGAGGAGAGAGCGCCGCCGCCGCCGCCGCCGGCCGCCGACCAAGGGGACGACUUCGAGCGGACCCCGAGCGGCCGGGUGAGGCGGCGCUCGGCCCAGGUGGCGGUGUUCCACCUGCAGGAGAUCGCGGAGGACGAGCUGGCCAAAGACUGGGGCACCAAGCGGCGCAUCAAGGACGACCUGGUGCCGGACAGCAAGCGGUUGAACUACACGCGUCCCGGCCUCCCGAACUUCAGCCAAGAGCUUCUCGAGUCCUGGAAGAACCAAGUGAAGGAGAAGGGCUUCAUCUGCUGCAUCAACCAAAACUGUGAAGCUGUUUACUCCAGCGUGUCGGGACUGAAGGCCCACCUGGCCAACUGCAGCCAGGGCGGUGGAGAACUGGGAAAGUACACGUGUCUGAUCUGUCAGAAGGACUUUAGCUCGGAGAGCGGCGUGAAGUACCACAUCAGCAAGACGCACUCACAGAACUGGUUCCGUGCGGCGGCGCCCAGCCAGGUGGCCUCCAGCGCCAAGAGCAAAGCGCCGGAGAGCGACGGGGUCAAAGGCGAGGUGCGGAACGGCGCCGCGACGGGCAAGAAGAGGGGCCGCAAGCCCAAAGAGCGCCCCCCGGUGGCCGCCGCCGCGCCGCCCCUCCAACACACACAAACUGAAGCGUCGCCCGCCGCCGGCACUCGGGACUCGACCCCGUCGCGGUCCCCGACCCGGACGCCCGAGCCGACGCCGGCUGACCAAACCGGACAGCCCGUCAGACGGAGCAAGCCCCCGAGGCCGCCGCAGUCGGAGUAGCUCCUCCCCCUUGUAGCUCCUCCCACUUGCAGGAAGCUCAAAAGACCUUUUUGCAGAGAGAGAACUCAACCUUUCAGAAGUAAAACAUUUGGUCUGCUGGUAUGAACAACGCUCCUGGAACCGUCGGAGUUCUCCCUCCUUUCCUUUUUCUUAAAGGCACAGGUUUGGCUUUCCUGGUGGGGGGUCGGGGGGGGGGGGGGGGGGUAGUAGUCUAUCAAUGAUAACUAUGUUUUUUUCUUUCUUUCUUUUUUAACAACCAAAGCAGACGAGUGGUUUUCUCUCUGCGAUGUUCAUGUUUUGUGUUUUGAGAGGUUUAAAAAAAUACAAAACAAGAAAAACAGGAUAUUCUAUUAGCAUGGUGAGGUCAUUUAAUGAUAGCUCGUGUUUUCACUUUUUAAAAUGUGUUUCCUCCCACAGAUAUACUGUACUGUGUACAUAAUCUAUAUCUAUAUCUAUAUCUCUAUAUACUCAAAAGCAAUGAUGCCAUCUGUCCUUUUUUUCUUUAAAAAGAAAAUCAGAUUUGUCAUUUAGUUUUUUGCUGUGUGUGUGUGUGCUGUAGUGCAAUUAACUUUUUAUUUUUACCUUUUUUUAAUCCGAAUUUAAUUUCUUUUAGUACUUUUCAUGUUUCAAGUAAGCAAAAUGUCAUAUUAGCUAAAAAUGUGUUGGUCAGUUCUUAAUCAAAAUUCCACUCUUUUUUUCCUACAGCUAUAUUGUGUUUUUAUUUUUAUUUCCAAAUCACGUGACGAUGAAAGGUGUCAAAAGAUUAUUUCCACAGUUCUUCUUCACAUAAGUUAAUAAGCAGAAUCCCCCCCCCUUCCCCCUGCCCCCCCCCCCCCCCCUCAAAGAGAAAGUGAUUGUUUGAGGAAUACACUUCAAGAGGCGUUGCUUAAUUAAUACAAAACUUGAAUAACUCAAAGUGACAGUGAGGGUGAAGUUUGUUGCACCAUUGCAGCACAAUCAAAAAGUGGGAAUAUCUUUUUAUAGCGAGCAUGUUGAGGGAAAUAAAGUUUUACAAAAGAGGACAACAAAAUAUAUAUAAUACGCAAAAAUGAAGGUUUUCAUUAAUGUGAAUUAAUUCCCGGAUGCUCAAAAAAUUAUCGCCUUGCACUUUAACCCCUUGACCCCCCCUCUCGCUCCCCUCUUGUAUUUUUGCACUCCAGGAGUGAUAUUUUACUCUAGAGAAGAAGAAGAAGAAGAAAAAAAACACUAAAUUGUGUCUCUAGAUAUCGUAUCGACUAUAUAAUUAUGACUCGCCACACUAAAGCCAUAACAGGGUCUCGUUGAAUUUUUAAGGCUGCUCCGUGUUAGUUUAGCGUUCAGAUUUUAAAAAUAAAAUAAAUAAAGUAAAUAAUAGCAAUCCAUUAUUAUUAUUAUUAAAUUAAUUUAAAAAGAAAAAAUCUAAAUAAAAUGUGUGCAAUCAGAGAAUAUUUUCACUUUUUAUCAUGUCUAAGGUAGAUACUUGAAAAACCAGUUAUAUGAACGAUAUUGUGCAAAUUAAAAGAAAUAUUUGAUUUAUAUUUGGAGUUUUAUGUCCGUAAAAAAAAAAAUGACUUUGCUUGCUUUAAAAAAAACAAGAAAGAAAGAAAAAUAAAAAAGCGACAGAUCAUAAAUCUAUUUUAUAUUCUCUCGUGUGUAUUAUUACCCGUAUAGCACUCUGAUAGCUUUGUGAUAUCCUGGUGAGAUAAUAAAGGGUGCUUUAUUUGCCUCUACCUUAAUGGACCGUUUCCUCCUCACUCUUUUGGAAAGUCGGCUGAAUAUCUUUGCAUCAACAAAAUACCAAUGUUAUAAUAAAAAAAUAAAAAUAAAAUACAUAAAAUCGAGCACUUGUUGUCAACAGAAUUUUUUCAACAAAAAUAAGUAAUAAUAAUAAUGUUUCCCAGGAGGUGUCAUCCCUACGCCGUGAUCUUUUCUUCUUUUUUUUUAAAAGCAAAAAGAUUGGAGUCAAAUUCCUCCAUUUAUUAAUCAACCGGUGGAGCUUAAUAAUUCAGGUGGGGAUGAUUAUGCAUGUUGACCUUUUUAAUCUUCUAUCCAGGUUCAGACUGACGGACGGGACGAGUUAAGACAAGCACUGAUUGGUCCUCGGACCUUCUUUUUAAUUUCCUUUUUAUACGGAGCUGUCCAGACCUUGUGUGUCUGUGUGUGUGUGUGUGUGUGCGUGUGUGUGUGUAUGCAAAAACAGUUCUUAGCACCUUUGUAAAUGAGUGGAUGUCAAGCUUCGGUGUUGCAAUAUGAUAGUUAUAGCACUGCUUUCCGACAGUGGGUAUUUUAUAUUUGAUCACGCCCUUUACUAUCCGUCUUCCUAUACGGUGUGGAGCACACACACAUCUGCCCCCGCGUGUGUGAGCGACCUGCAACAGUGUGUGUGUGUGUUAGAGAGGACAGCAAUAUUUAGCUGGUUUGUCUUUGGCGAUAUUUGGAUAUAUCGAUGUUUUGUCUUCUCAAAAAUUGAUAUGGCUUUUUUUUUUUUCACUUCCUCUUUUAUUUUUAAAAUUGCUUUUUACACAUUACGAAAUUUUAAAAGUAGAAUUUGUAUUUUAUUUUAUUCAAACGACAACAAAACAGAACAUGGUGGGGCCCGCACUCUUACUUUAAUCCAUUUUGACGACGCACAUGAAUUAAACUUUUUAUUUCUUAUUUUUUUCCGAUACACGAUGACAAACACAUUGAGAGAGUCCUUUAAUUAUUAUUAUAAUAAUAAUAAUUAUUAUUAUUAUUUCGUGCCCUUGCUCCGUGGAGCCGGCGUGACGUAGGAGUGUUGUUGGAGCUUUCUCGUGACCCUGACUGCGUGGCGUGACUUUUUGUACCCAGGUAAACGGCAGCAGGCUCGAGUGUCUUCCCCCCUCCCCCCCCCCCCCCACCCCCCACGAUGUUAUUUCCAAAAAAUCAAAUCUUAGAAAUCAACCCUCCAGAAUUGUACCUUUUUAAAAUUUGGUUUUGUAUGCUCCACCUGCUUUGACCGCGGGGUCGUGAGAUUUAGGGGAACAGGUGAAAUGAGACUCACGGUGUGUUGAAUAAUUCACAUGUCUGAUGUUAAGCUGUAUAGAACCUAACGUGUAGGAGGCCACGCCUCCUCCGAGUCUGACCUGUGACUUUUUUUCCCGAAAAACUUGUUGUAUUACCUGUUCAUUAGUAUCCCUCAACUAAUUAAUAAAGGUUUGUUGACUAA